AUGACUUCAAGAAUACAGAAGGCACAAGAAGCCUAUAACAAUCAAGAUACCAACUCAUCGAGAUUGAUUCACGAUGAAGAAGAUAGAAAAGAACAACAUAAAGAAGAAGCAGGAGAAGUAGUUAAAUCGAUUGUAUUCGGUGGUCUGGAUGGUAUUAUGACAACAUUUGCUAUUGUGGCUGCAGCUGCAGGUGCUGGUUUGACAAGAGGUGUCAUUUUGAUUAUCGGUUUCGCCAAUCUCUUGGGUGAUGCUUUCGGUAUGGCAUUCGGUGACUACGUAUCAGAGAGAGCUGAAGAAGAUCAUCUCUUAAAACAAUCUAAACUAUUAGAAAAGAAAAUCGAUACUGAACCAGAGAUUGAAAAAGCAAGAUUAAAAGAUGUAUAUAUUUCUAAAGGUUUCGAAGAUGCAGACGCAGCGAGAAUCGUAGAGCUUCUCUUCCCAUAUAAAUCAACUGUUAUGUCUAUUAUGAUGAUGGAAGAACAUGGUUCUGCACCAGACGAAGAAGGUAGCAGUGGAGCAAUUAAAAGUGCUGUUGUUACAUUUGCAUCUUUUAUGGUUUGUGGUGGUAUUCCUUUGUUAGCAUUCGUAUUUGCUGGUAACUAUAGAGAAGCAUCUGGAUUCGACCCAAUCUUUAUCAUCUCAAUCGCUUUGUUUGGUAUUACAUUGUUCUUACUUGGUUGUGUCAAAGGCUACAUCUCGAAUAAGAAUUGGUUGCUGUCAGGUCUUAUCAUGACACUCAACGGUACCAUAACAACACUCGCUGCAUUCUUCAUUGGUUAUGGUAUCGAAUUGAAAGCUAAAUAG